AUGAACGGCUUCCGCCACCUAGCCCACGAAGCAGCUGGUCUGCCCACCUCCAACCUUGACCUCGACCACAACUCUGAUCCCGACACCUGGCCGCCUAUCCUCUCUUUCAACAACUCUGAACCGCUCAUCCAGGAAUUCGGUAUCGUCUCCUGGCCCGAUUCCACUUUCACCUCCUGGGGCAUUUCCACUAUCCCCCAAUCUCUCCUCAAAUCCCGCGCCCUCGAGGACUUACUCACGAAACCAACACCGCUUUCACCUCUUCCCCCCUCCACUUCCGGUUCCUCCUCCCUCCCCAGCCCUGACUUCGACCCUCGACCCCCUUCACUCUCCAGCACCACCACCACCUCCGCUGAUCUCAAACCCAACCCCAAACCCAAAGCCUUCCUCCGCCUCCUACACAUCCCCCACUCCCCCCACCGCUCCUCCUCCCUCCUCAUACCCCCUCCCCUCCUCCUCCUCCUUUUUCGCCAUCUCAACCUCGACCCCCACGCCCUCUACCUCCACCACACCCACACGCCCGGCUUCCACGUUCUCAACUGCCACAGCCACAGCUCUACUUCCUCUUCCUCUUCUUCCUCCCAGGGAAAACUCGGGCCGUCAGAUGAACAGACACAAAGGUUCUACAUGCGCUCCAACGACGUUACCACCAUCUGGAGCUACAACGUCUUGCGCAGAGUGACGCUGGGUAUCUGUCUAGUGGACGAAAGGAUGAAAUACAAGUUUGCUGUUGUCAAGCAUCAUAUCUGGGGGUUUAGAGAUGUGUUGGCGAGUGCGGGGGGGUGUGUGGUGGUGGUGGCGGAUAUGGCGAGGGGUGUUGUUUGGAGGGGGGAUGUCUCUGGACAAGGGGGGAGGGAAGAAAAUGGGAGGGAGAUGAAAAAGAAGAAAAAGGGGAGGGAUGGGGAAGAAGAACAAGGGGCAAAGGCCUCAGAUGAAAUAUAUACGGACGCAAUGGAAUUGUCGCCGGUGUUGAUGGAGACGCUGUCGAGACGGUGUAGAGAGCUGGGAAGGGUAGUUACACAGGCGCAGGAGGCCAAGUCGGCGCUUAGAUUGGCGUUGCGGAUGGCAAGGCAGCUGAAGGGGCGGAAACUUUGGCGAAGACUGACUUUUGGUGCUGAUGCUGUGGAUCCUGUUACGGAGGAAGCGAAUGCCGAGAUUCGUCUUGUGGUUCGCGAGUUUAUUAUUCCUCAACUUAAAGCUCGUAUUUUUGGUUGGACUUGUCGCCAGAAAGAGGCAGUGGUGUGGACCAACGUGCUAAUGGCGAGGAUCUCGCGCACUGACGCGUCUACAAACCACCGAGAGGCCUCCUCUAUGCGUGUUAUAGCCGUCAUGACCAUGGCUUUUCUGCCGGCGACUUUCUUUGCUACGCUUUUUGCGUUGCCGGCUUUCAGGUGGGAGGCUGUCGACGGUUAUGACUCUCCGGGUCGAGGGGGCGGAGAAGGCGGAGGUGGAGGUGGUGGAAGAGGAGAAGGAGACGGGGUUAUUCAAAAGAGUUUCUGGAUCUGGGUAGCGUUUUCGGUGCCCAUGACGGUGGUGGUGUUUCUGGUUUGUAGUGUCACAAGCUCAACGUGGUGGCUGGAAUGGCGGAAGGAGUGGUGGAGGAAGUUGCGGCCUAGGAGAAGGAGGUGGUGA